CCUUGUUCGCAACGCAAGGACGUACAGCCCCUAAAUCGCCCGCCAUUUUCAAAGCAGCACGAGCGCGGGAAAGUUACUUCUGCGCAUUGGAUUCUUUUUUUAAAUUAAUUAAUAUAUAAAUAAAAAAUUGAAUAAAAAAAGUUUUGCAAGAUAGAUUUAUUAUAUUUUAUCUAUUUAAAUGAAAUACCUUUUAUGUAUUUAGUUGUUAAAGUGAUAAUUCAUUAUUUGGUGGGAUUUUGUGAAGGUUGAACGGAAUGAAGAAUUUCCAGUAACUAGCCUACAAUCUCUUUAAAAAUGAACACAUCUAUGGAAGGAUUUUGUUCAACUUUAAUAGUGCUCUUGGCACUUAUCGAGACGAUAAAAUCGAAUACAAAUGAAACUAGUAGCGCUGAAGAACGCAAAGGACGUGUCAAUGGACGUAUUGUGAAACUUUAUUCAGGAGCAAAACCAAAUCCAAUUUUAUGCUUGGAAGAGGGCUUUAAAGCUGACCCAGUCGAUUGCACUGUAUUCUAUCGGUGCACAAAAUCUUUUAAAGAAAAAUAUACUGUUUUCAAAUUUCAAUGUGGACCAGGGACAGUAUACGAUCCAGAAACUGAAGUAUGUAAUCACCCGAGAAAUACGAAACGAUCUGAAUGCGGUGGCUUUAAUCCACCGAUAAUGCAAGAAAGCGAAAACGAAAUAGAGGAGAAUCAAGAACUUCCGUCCCCUAUAAAUUCCACGUUACCUGUUUAUACAUCUCAUAUCGAAUCAAAAAACGUCACAACAUCAGCACCUGUAUUCACUACUCAGAAGAUAGAACAAUUUACAGAUCAUAAACCAAGUUCACCAGUUUCUUAUCCCACAUUAACGACAACUGAACGAGAAUAUGUAGACAAUUCUAAUAAUUUCGUAUCAUAUCCAUGGACAAAUUCCAAAAAUAAAACACAACAUUUAUUGGUGCCUUUUACAAUAGUUCCCCAAAAUCAAGAGAAUAGUUUUUCGUGUACUUCGGAUGGAUUCAUCGGUGAUAGUGAUAAUUGUAGAAAGUUUUAUAGAUGUGUGAGUGAUUCACGUGGAGGUUUUUUACGAUAUGAGUUUAUGUGUAGUGAAUCCACAAUAUGGGAUGACAAUAUACAGAGUUGUAAUCAUGCGUGGGCUGUACGAAAUAAGCGAUGCGGUCGAGGUGAUUUUGAGAUUAAAAACGAUGUUAAUAGUGUUCAAAGUUUGAAUGAACCAAACCAACAAAAAGAAAAUAAUUUUGAAAUAAAAGAAAAGGAAGGGCACGUUUAUGAUAACAAUGAUGUAUUUAAUGGGGAUAACAUUCAAUUCGGAAGUAAAUUAAAUAACGAAAAACCAAAUACAAUUAAACAAAAUCAUAACACAAUCAUAACUUCUGUACACCAAGAAGAACCCAGUAACAAGUUACAGGAUAAAAUUAAUGAUAAAUAUAAUGAACCAGAAAUAGAGAUACAUAACGAUGUAGUUAAUGAAAUAAGUCAAUAUUCUACUUCGUCAGAUGCUUCAUAUAAUUUCCAGGAAAAUACUGCAACUAUUGACACCAGAAAAAAUAUACAAUGUACACAAAGUGGGUUUAUGGCUGAUACAGUUGAUUGCAAGAAGUUUUAUAGAUGUGUUGAUAAUGGAAAAGGAAGUUUUACAAAAUAUGAAUUCUCAUGUAGUCAAGAAACGGUAUGGGAUAGCAAAUUGGAAGCAUGUAAUCAUGCAUGGGCUGUUGAAGAUGGUGGUAAAUGUGGUGGAAAAUUAUCAGAUGGAAAUUCUAAUACUGAAGUUUCCACGAAAACACCAAUUACUGCUAGUACUGAUAGUGCUGUUGAGGAAGAAAAUGAUUUUGGAUACGUGAGUCAAUCGAACAAACCACAUGAACAAACAACGUCAUCGACAAUUCUCACAACAAUAUCAUUACUUUCAACAACUGAUAUUUCGAAAGUAAUAAGUACAGAAUGCACGUCAAGUGGAUUUUACGGAGAUGUAAGUGACUGUCAGAAAUUUUACAGAUGUAUCGACAAUGAUAAAGGGUCAUUUACAAAGUAUGAUUACAAAUGUGGCGAAGGAACUUUAUGGGAUCAAAAUAUAGAAGCAUGUAACCAUGCUUGGGCUGUUAAGUCUUGUAAUCAAACUAUUAUAACAAAUACAACGCAAGAAACGGAUGCUUAUGAUACUGGAAUAACUACAACCGUCUCAUAUAUUCAACCCACUGUGGAAAAGGAUAAUGAAAAUUCUAAUUUCGAUUCUGGUUAUAAUAAUGAGCAAAGUAUAACCACCUUGAAGCCCGAUAAAGAGUUAUUAGUUACUACAACAAAAAAUCCACAGAUUCAAAAUUGUCAAUCCAGUGGUUUCAUUGGUGAUGCCAAAGAUUGUAAAAAAUUCUAUAGGUGUGUAGACAAUGGGGACGGAAGCUUUACUAGGCAUGAGUUUUCAUGUGGUGAUGGUACUGUGUGGGAUUCUGAAAUCGAAGCUUGUAAUCACGCUUGGGCAGUUAAAAAAUGCGGAGGAAAUAUUGGUUUAAAGGAAGAUGUUACCUCACCUGUUACUGAGUAUGAUUUAAAUAAUGGAUACUCGACUCAUAAUUACAACAAUUAUGACACUUUAAGUACUCCUCAACAUUCAAGCAUGGAUUUACAAACAACAACUAAACAGACAAUCUUACUGAGCAAUCACAGUGAAUGUGAAACAAAUGGAUUUAUGGGUGAUAAAUUAGAUUGCAAGAAAUUUUAUAGAUGUGUCGAUGACGGUACUGGAAAAUAUACUCGAUAUGAAUUUUCAUGUGGUGAAGGUACUGUAUGGGAUCCAAAAAUACAAGCAUGUAACCACGCAUGGGCCGUAGAAGAAUGUGGCAGCAGUAUGUCUAUAUCAACUACACACAAUAUUAAUGAUGUUUCUGUGAGACCUAGUGCUGUUACUACCCAAGAAAAUGAAAACGGAUAUGUUCAUACAACACAAAGUACUACAAAAUUAGAUAGCAUGAUGUCAAUUACAACUGUGCGCAGUUCGACAUCAAUGGCAACUGUUAUCAACAAUAAACUUGAAUGUCAAUCCAGUGGAUUUAUGGGAGAUCCAAUUAAUUGCAAGAAAUUUUAUAGAUGUGUUGAUAAUGGUGAUGGAGGAUUCACUCAACACGAAUUUUUAUGUGGUGAAGGUACAGCUUGGGAUCCUGCGAUUGAAGCGUGUAAUCACGAAAACGCGGUAAAACAUUGUGGCGAGAAUUCAGGAAGCCAAUUUGAAGAAACAACACCUUCUACCCAAACUCAAACUUCAACAAUGACAUCAUCUUCUAGUUAUAUUGUAACACAAUCACAACAAUCUCAGACACCUAUAUAUUCCUCGACGUUAUCUACAACUUCUUUAAUGGACGGUAACUCAAUGACACCGGAAGAUAAAGAAUGUACAUCAGAAGGAUUCUUUGCUAAUCAGUACAAUUGCAAACAAUUUUACCGUUGUGUUAAUAAUGGCAAAGGUGGUUAUACUAAAUAUGAAUUUUCUUGUGGCGAUGGCACCAUUUGGGUUCAAGAAAUACAAGCAUGUGAUCAUGAUACAGAUGCCAUAAAUUGUAGUUAUUCAUCAAGUAUAGCAACUACAGAAAAACAAGAAAUAAAUAGUUCAAAUGAGCAGAAUGAGCAAGUUUCAGAAUCUCAACUAAGUACACCUAAAUCAACUACUUCAUCACCAACUACUGAAAAUAUAAAGCCAAUAACUGAAAAUACAAAACCAAUAAACCAAGAUGUUUGUACCCAAGAAGGUUAUUAUGGGAAUACUGAGGAUUGUAUGAAGUUUUAUAGAUGCGUUGGUAACGAUAAAGGUGAUUAUACGAAAUAUGAUUAUAUUUGUGGGGAUGGUACUAUUUGGGAUCAAGAUAUAAUAGCAUGUAAUCAUCCCCAAGAUGUAAGAAAUCCCUCGUGUAAAUCUGACCACGAAAAUCUAUCAACGACAACAAGCAGUAAUCCACAGUACACGAGUGACAAUAACGUAAAACCCGAAACUACUUCUUCAGAUCCGUUGACGACGUCAAGUGUAUCUUCUUCAAAUAGUAAUGAAACAAAUACGACGUGUUCUGAUAAUGCUGAAAACUCUGAAAAUGGAAAUAUUACUUGCACGAAAGCUGGUUUUUAUGCUGAUCCAAGUGACUGUAAGAAAUUUUAUAGAUGUGUUGAUUGGGAUAGCAACGGAGAAAAGUUUUCCAUAUUUCACUUCGAAUGUGGCGAAGGGACUAUUUGGGACCCUUCUCUCGAAACAUGUAAUCAUAUAGAUUCUGUUUAUCCACCUCGUACUUGUAAUGGUACCAUCCCGCCAAAAGAAAAUAUACCUGAAUCGUCUUCAACGACAGAAAAAAUUACAACGACUAAUAUUGAUGAGACGUCUAGUAGUGAAUCUACUACACAGGAAUCAACAACACAACAAAUAUCGACAACGCAGCAGCCAUUGACAACACAACAACCAUCGACAACUAAGCAGCCAUCGACAACACAAGAACCAUCAACAACAAAACAACCAUCGACAACAAAACAACCAUCAACGACAGAACAGCCAACAACAACACAACAACCAUCAACAACACAACAACCAUCAACAACACAUGAGCCAUCAACAACACAACAAUCAUCUACAACACAACAGCCAUCAACAACACAACAGUCAUCAACAACACAACAGCCAUCAACAACACAACAACCAUCCACGACAGAUCAACCAUCAACGACAGAACAACCAUCAACGACAGAACAACCAUCAACGACACAACAGCCAUCAACAACAGAGUCAUCGACCACUGAAACAUCUACCACUAUCACAACUAGAGAGCCUGAUCAAACGACUUCUCAAACAAGUCAGGAACAAACUACAAAGUCAACCACCAACCCAACCACAGAAACGACGGUAACAGAAUCUGGAUCUACUGAGCAAACAUCAACCUCUGAUCAAGUUAUUACAUCCACUCAACCACUUACCACUGAAGAAAAUACUUCACCAACAGAAACUCAAAGUUCAACAACAGAAGCGUCAACAACAGAAAAUCAAUCCCAAUCAAGUACAGAAUCUAACACACCAAAUGAAGAGUGCCCUGAAACAGACGAAGAUCAAUAUUUACUCGUGUGUCCGACUUCAUUUAAGCGACAUCCGAAAUAUUGUAAUUUGUUUUAUCAAUGCACUGAAGAUAAUAACACCCAUGAAAUAAAAGUAGCUACAUUUAAUUGUCCAAAUAAUACGAUAUAUGACGAGUCUAAAGUUCAGUGUGUAGAAGAAAAUCAAAGUGAUAAAAAAUGCAACGGCCAAAUGGCUCGAAAACACAGGGUGAAACGAUUAGGAAUUGCGGAUAACGAGCCGAUUGUCGUUUCAAAAGAAAGUAUGGCAUGCCCAAGAGUCGGACAUUUUCCUUUUGAAAAACAUGAAGAAUGCUCAGCCGCUUUAUUAAAAUGUGAAUUGACAAAAUCUGGAAAAUUACGUGGUUACGUCUAUCAAUGUCCAGAAGGUUUCGUUUAUUGGUCAAUAAGUAGAAAAUGCGAGCCAUUAAGGAAACUAAGAGAAUGUAAAAAACCUUCAAAUGCAUGGAAUAAACGAAACGAUAUACCUGUAGAAAAAUAUAAUGUUGCCACUUAAUGUUUUAAGAGUGAGAAUACGUGCAAUACAAAAACAGAUAAUCUGUUAUAUGCUAAUAAUGUAGAUAUUGGGAUAACGUAUAAUUUUGUUAUCAUAUAGUUAAUAGUGUAUAAGUAAUUAAUUCUAGUCUCAUUCUUAUUCUUUUUUAAAACUAAUCUAUUAUUUUCAUUAAGCUGCUGCCAUAAACUAAUGAAGAAUUGCAACUUGUGAACAAGAUAUUGUAGUAUGACAUUAUUUUGAUCACGACUGAUUAGCAUAAGGAAUAAAAUAAAUAAUUUA